AUGUACUGGGAUGAGCUGAGGGGCCCUGCCAGGGUGGGCUGGGAGGUACUGGGCUAUACUGGAAUGUACUGGACUAUACUGGGGAGCCAUGCUAAGGUGAGCUGGAAGGUACUGGGCUACACUGGGGUGUACUGGGAUGAGCUGAGGAGCCACGCUGGGCUGCGUGGCGGUGUACUGGUCCAUACUGGGACGCACUGGGCUGCUCCCACCGGGGCAGCGGGAGCUGUGGGUGUCUCUAUCCCGGAGCAGAAGGGGAAAUCCCGCGGGGCCGGCACCAGAUCGAAGCAGGACAAGCCCCGGGCGCAGCCCCGGCAGUCCAAGAAGGAGUCCCCCAGAAGCUCCGGGCGCACCUCGAUCCAGCCCAGCCCGUCCCCGGAUGCCGAGCCCCAGGAGCCCCUGGACGUGGAGCCCAUCCUGGACGAGCUCCUGGAGCGGGUCCUGAUCGAGAGCGCGCUGGCGGCCGUGGCUCGGCAGCGGGUGCCAUUCGCGGUGUCGCGGGCGCGGGACGCCAUCCUGUUUGUCGCGGAGUGGCGCUUCCUGGUGCGGGAUGACACGGACCCGGACCCCAAGGGGGACCCGGAUCCCGAGCGGGACGGAGUCUGGAAGGAGGACGAGGAGCCCCCAGCCGGCCUCUGGGACUCCUGGACACCGGGCGCUGUCGCCGUCGCGGAGGCCUUUUCGUCCUCGGAAGAGCUCUCGUCCGAGGAUGUCUCCGUGGCAGCCGAGGCCGAAAGUCCGCCCGUGAGUCCCGGCGAGGCUCCCUCCGCUGCUCCCGCCCCGGGUGUCCCUCGGCCCCGUGGCCAGGUCCCGUCCGGGGCUCUCCCGGUGACAGCCAAAGGUCUCCUCAGUCCCCUCGCCGCUGCGCCCGCCCUGGGUGUCCCUCGGCCCCGCGGCCAGUCCCGGUCCGCAGCCGCCGCCGCUCCUCCCGCUCAACUGCCCGGGCCACGACCGCCCCGCCCGAAGCCGCCCAGCGCUCCUCAGCCCCGCGAGAGGGGCCGCUCACCCACCCGAGCCCCCGGCAGGGGCCGCCCACCCUCCCGGGCUCCUGGGAAGGGCCGCCAACCCUCCCGGCACCCUCAGCCCCCGGCGGCCCCGGCGGAGGCGCCCCGGCCCCCGGUUCCGCCGCCGGCCGCGCCCUCGGAACCCGCAGCGCCCGCAGCACCGGAGACCCGCGAGGGCGCGGGGAAGGUCGGCGAUCGAGAGCCACCAACGCCAUCCUCCUCCAGCUCCAGCGUGGCGUCCAUCCAGCCGUGCAAACCCUCCCACAGCGCCGGGGUGCCCCGGCUGCGUGUCCGCCGCGGCGCCGCCCGCUGGGUGCUGCCCGAGGUGAAGGUGCUGGACGUGAGCACCGAGUCCGAGCGGCCGCGCUUGGGAGCCUCGCGGACCCGGAUGCCCCUACCGGGAUCCCACGUGCAGGUGGUCCCGGGAACCGCCAGGGCCGCCAGGGUCGAGCCGCAGCUGUGCGACCCCUGGCUGGCCUCGGUCCGCCUGGCACCCGGUGUCACCGUGCGCUGGGGCGGCUGCGAGCGGCGCGGGCCGGCCCUGGCGGGGCACGGCGGGGACGAGCUGGGGGACGAGGCGUUGAGGAGGGCGGAGAAGGACCUGAAGCCCAUCCUGCCCUACCCGGAGUGCCGGCUCGCGGAGUACGGAGAGUCAGAGGAGUGGCAGGACGACCUGCUAGAAACGGAGCUCCCGGGGCUGCCCCUCCCGGCGCCGUGGCCGGCUCUGGGGGGAUCCGUGUCGCCCCGUGUGUCGCCGGUGCAGUGGCUGGCACCGGGUGUGGCUUUGUCGGACGCUCCCGGAGAUCGGGGCUCUUUAUCUUCUCAGAAGUAA